AUUAGGUCCAUUGAUUGUUGCAAGACUGGAUUAUUUCUGUGAGAACUCAAGAAUGGAACAUGAUGAAACAACAAAGUGGGAGGAGUUAGAUAUUGACAUUCUGGUGAAGAUAUUUCAAAGGUUUGAUGUUUUUGAGUUGACUUCUGGUAUCGCUCAUAUCUGCAGCACAUGGCGUUUAGCUGCUUGUGAUCCCCUGUUAUGGAAAACUCUUGAUUUGUCAAUGUUGAGAUCCAACUUCAUAAAGAUUCCCCUCGAGCCUUAUGUUUAUGUUGAUGGAAGAUCCGAUAAACAACUCACACGGCUUUUGAAGAUUGCUCUGAAUCUUAGCCGUGGAAGCAUUACGACUUUGAUCUUCCAUUUCAAUCUCUACGUCAGCGAUGAUCAGUUGACCUACACUGCCGAAAGGACGCCAAAUCUGAAGCGCUUGGUGUUACCUGCAUGGAACCGUAUAAAAAGGACAGGUAUAUGCAAGGCUAUUAGCAAGUGGAAUAAUCUAGAAUCCCUCACAAUGCCAAGCAUAGCGAAUCCACCUUAUUUCAUGGAAGAAAUCUCAAAGCACUGCAAGAAGUUUUCAGAACUCAAAAUCAUGGGGCCAUGUGACAUGUUAUGCGUGCAGACACUCAUCCGUUGUGUCCCUAACCUAAAAGUGCUAAGCCUUCGUGUCUCCAUUGUCUACAAGGACGCCCUUUUAUUGAUCCUAAACGGAUUAAAGAACCUUGAAGUGCUCAACAUAUCUCAUUCUCUCAUCAUAGAUGCCCCUCCACCACCUGCAACUCGAAAAGUGGUGACCGAGCUCGAUGAUUCGAUUUUCAAGAAGGCUUCAAGGUUGCGACAGUUCUUGACAUGCAUGGAUGAUGAAUCGUGUAUCAUGUGUCACAGAAUGAAGCUUGAUGAAGGGCUUGUGAGGUGGUACAAGUAUGAAGAAGGGCUGUGGAAGGAAGAUGAGGUUAAAAGUCUUGCGGUUUGAGGUUUGAGGUUUUUGAUCAUGGGUUUAAGAUGUUGGUGGAUGAUUUUGAUUAGCUUUUUGUAUAUAUAUGGAGAAAACAUAUAAUUGGAUACAUUUAUGGUUAGGUUGCACCACACCAAACAAGGGGUUUGUCUGAGAUGUUCAGCUGCUGUUGCCCUCGUAAUAUUUGGUGCUUUUUAGGACAAGUUUCGUGCAGUUUUCUUUUCAUUCAUAAGUCUCAUAUCCUAAGUACUUAGGGUUAUUACUGUUUUAUAGAUGUAUUGUUGUCUUAAAUUUUAGAUGCCUUUGUUACAAACGACAAGAUUGGAGAGAUU